AUGGAUACAGCAACGUUAAUAAAGAAGCAAUUUACGGGGCAGAAGAUGCUCUUCCACCUCCUCUUCUGGGGUGCCCACUGGGGUGUCUUCGCUUUCGGAUGGUACAAGCAGGCGUCCGAUGAGCGUCUAGCUCCUCUCAACUUGCUCAUGUUUUCCGUCUGGAUCUCCCGUGGUGCCGGUCUAGUCCUGAGUUUCGAUGGUCCGAUGGCUCCCCUUGACGAGAACCUGUGGUUCCAUCGCCAGCUCGCCUAUGCCAUGUUGUUCUACACCAUUCUCCACACCAGCGCUCAUUAUGUCAAUUUCUACAACGUUGAGAGGACUCAGCUCCGUCCCGGUACCGCUCUGGAUAUUCACUACAAGCAGCCCGGUGGUAUUACCGGUCACGUCAUGCUUUUCUGCAUGAUGAUGAUGUAUACCACUGCCCACGCCAAAGUCCGCCAGCAAUGUUUCGAGGCCUUCUGGUACACCCAUCAUCUCUUCAUCCCGUUCAUGCUUGGUCUCUACACCCAUACCGUCGGCUGCUUCGUCCGUGACAGCGCCGCUCCCUUCUCUCCCUUUGCCGGACGUGAAUACUGGGAGCACUGCAUUGGUUACCUCGGCUGGCGAUGGGAGCUCUGGACCGGUGGUCUCUACCUUAUCGAGCGUCUCUACCGCGAGAUUCGUGCGCGCCGCGAAACCAAGAUCACCCGUGUUGUCCGACACCCUUAUGAUGUCGUCGAGAUCCAGUUCGCCAAGCCUUCUUUCAAGUACAAGGCUGGUCAGUGGUUGUUCCUCCAGGUCCCCGCCGUUUCCAAGUACCAGUGGCACCCUUUUACCAUCACUUCCUGCCCCUAUGACCCUUAUGUUUCCGUCCAUAUCCGACAAGUCGGUGACUUCACCCGCGCCCUUGGUAAUGCUGUCGGUGCCGGUUCCGCCCAGGCCAAGCUCUACGACGGCGUCGACCCUCUUGGAAUGUACGAGGUUGCCCUCCAGAACGGUCAGCAAAUGCCUGGUCUCCGCAUCGAUGGACCUUAUGGUGCUCCCGCCGAAGAUGUGUUCGAUAACGAAAUUGCCGUGCUUAUCGGCACUGGUAUCGGUGUCACCCCGUGGGCUGCCAUCUUGAAGAACAUCUGGCAUCUCCGCAACGGCCCCAACCCCCACUCGCUUGCGACCAACGAGGCUGCCCGUAUUCCCGGCAGCACUGGCGUUGAAUUCCUCAAGAUCCACACUUAUCUCACCCAGAAGCUCGACAUUGACACGACACAGAACAUUGUCCUCAACUCCGUGGGCGCCGAUGUCGACCCUCUUACCGAGCUCAAGUCCCGUACCAACUUUGGUCGUCCCAACUUCCCCAAGCUUUUCGAGGUUAUGCGCAACGGCAUUCUCGACAGGACCUACAUCAACGGUCUCGAGAGCAUGCGAACCACCGUCGGUGUCUACUUCUGCGGUCCCUCUGCAGCUGCUCGUGACAUCCAGAAGGCUUGUAAGCAGGCGACUGUUAGCGAUGUCCUCUUCCGUUUCUGGAAGGAACAUUUCUAG